UGUCAGGCAGAAUGUUCCCCUGCCUGUUCUUUUGUCUGGACAGGACCAAAUACUGGCAAAUAUGGACAGAGUGGGGCGUAUUUAAACCUUGGAUAUUCAAACAAGAGAGACCGUGGUAUCUAUAGUUGUAUGGCGUACAAUGACUUUGGCAACAUAUCCAGCUCUCUGUGGAUCGAUGUGAACUACGGGCCAAGUACGAUAGAUUUGGAACCUUCUACGCUGUCAUACAGGGAGCUGGAGGGGUCCGUGUUGGAGGACAUCACCUGUACUGCUGACUGUAAUCCUCUGUGUCAUUUCACCUGGACUAGGGACAAUAUUAGCGUCAGUAAUGACAACACACUAUCUCUCGGUAGCUUGGAUAGCAGCAAAGAUGGCACAUAUCAAUGUGCGGCGCGUGGCGGAAACAGAAGAAUUGACAAAACAAUCAGCGUAAUAACUUUGUAUGGACCAAAGACCAUAUCACUCUCCCCACCUGGUGAUGUGUCUGUACCAGAGGGACAACAGAUAUCUGUAGGAUGUCAGGCAGAUUGUUCCCCUUCCUGUGAUAUUAACUGGACAGGACCGAGUACUGGCCUACCUCGUACACGUGGACCUAACCUAAGUAUAAGUAAACCAGACAAAAGUGACAAUGGUGUCUAUGUUUGUACGGCAUCAAACGAAUAUGGCAACAAAUCCACCUCUCUGAGGAUUGAUGUUAAUUAUGGUGGGUCUGACAUUCGAUUGGUCCCCGAGGAUACCCACUAUUCCUACAAGGAGGGUACUGCCAUACCGGAUAUCCGGUGUGUGGCUGACUGUAACCCUACCUGUGAGAUGUCGUGGUACCAUGAUAGAACUGAACACAUCACAACGGGGAGUAACCUGUCCUUGAGGAGAAUAGGAAAGGUCAAAGGACGGGAACUACACGUGUAAAGCCAAGAACAGUCAGGGGACCCAAACUUUAAAUCUGACUGUAGUUUCUCUCUUUUCCCCAGAGGUACUCCGAAAAGACCUGUUGAACUCUUCGUAUGCAGUCCACAUAGGAGACACCGUGGAGGGCAGUGUCACCAUUGACGCGUCACCUUUCCCACUGGCCUACCUUCUGUAUAAGGGGGGUGGACAACAAGAGGAGAAAAACAUCUCAAUGCAGUGGAAGAGACCUGACUUCUAUAGGAUCGUAUAUACCUACAGCAUCAUCAACAUCACCUACUCCGACGAGGGAGACUACCUACUGAAUGUAUUAAACUCGCAGGGGGCCUCUCAUUACAAGUUCUCGGUCAAUAUCAUAGAAAAUGGAUCACUACCUCCAGAACGGUUUGGUGACAGCUCCCUAGCUACUUUAUUGAUUGUCCUGGUGUUGGUGAUCAUCGUCCUGACUGUCAUCGCUGUAGGCUUCGUCCUCAAACGAAAAAGAGACAACAAACGUGAAGCUGAUAGACGUAGCGACUACCCAUUUACUGGAGUUCACAACGCUCUCUAUGAACGUAGAGGAACAGCACAAUCUCCCGGAUUCCAACAACAACCUGUUGAUGAAGACGAAGGUUUCAUCGCUAUCCAUGACACAGAGUACAAGAAGGACGAAACUGCUCUAUGA